GGUUACGUAAGGGGGCUGUCGCGCCCCGGCUCUUAUCCCAGCCGCCGCCGCCGCUCAGGCACAUUGUCCGCGCGCAGCGCCCCGACCCCAGCCGGAGGGGGGGAGCGCGGCAGCAGCCGCCGCCUCUCAGCGCCCCCAGCCCCGCCCCGCCCGGUGGGAGCCCUGCAGCAGCAGCUCCGCCCCGUGCCCGGCAGCGGCUCCAGGCCCAGCCGCGUGGGCUUUACACGGGCAGGGAGGGAGACAGGUAAAUGAGCGAUUCCUCUCUCCCCUUCCCCUUGGUGCAUAAUGGACUCUCCCAACUCCCGGCAGCCAGCGAUGGAGUGUUUACACUUCGGGGGACAAACCAUUCUAAACGGGGGGGGGACCCAGGCAAUGGAUUGGGAGCGGAGCCAAUGGUAACGCUUGGCAAGGCUAGUAAUGCCCCACUAGGAUUUUUAAUUGGCGUUUGUCGAGCUGCCCGUGGAACCAACGGCUCCUGUUUGUCUUGGAGGCGUUUGGGGUGGGCGACCCCUUUCUUUCCUCCCUUUCCCCCCCAGAAUGGUUCGGCCUCCCCUGCCUCGGCAGCCGCUAUUGGCUCAGCCCUUAAAGGGGCAGGCAGGGCGCGCUUUUCUGUCCUCCGACUUAGUCCCACGUCCCCUGUCUCAAUCCCUGCCUGUCGGGCUGGUGUCGUUCGCAGGCUCCGAUUCCCGGAGGUGGCCUAUGCUCCCCGCGCCCCGGGCGGAGGGAUGAGGAGUGGGGGUCCCGGGCGGCAGCAGCCAGGGCCCCACGCGGCGGAGCAGCCAUGGAAACGGCCGCGGCGGACGGCGGCCGCAGAGGGACACAAAGGCCCGCGGCCGAGCGGAGGCGGCGGCCGGAGCGGGAGCGGGGCCCGGCGCUGAGGGGCCCCAUGGAGCCGGCGGCGGGCGGCGGGGCCGGGGCGCCGCGCUACAGCCUGGUGGCGGAGAUCGGGCGCGGCUCCUACGGGGUGGUGUACGAGGCCGUGUCGGGCCGCAGCGGCGCCCGCCUGGCCGUCAAGCGGAUCCGCUGCGACGCGCCCGAGAACGUGGAGCUGGCGCUGGCCGAGUUCUGGGCCCUGACCAGCCUGCGGCGCCGCCACCCCAACGUGGUGCGCUUCGAGGAGUGCGUGCUGCAGCGCGACGGGCUGGGCCAGCGCAUGAGCCACGGCAACAAGCAGAGCCAGCUGUACCUGCGCCUGGUGGAGACCUCCCUGAAAG